AAUUGCCAAUAAUGUGCAAAAUUUUGCAGGUGGGGUAAAAAGCAGCAGGGACGACCAGCUUCGUGCAAGCGGGGAAUGGCGCGUUGCUCCGCGAAGCCUUUGGGCACAACCACGGCGGCUCCUCGCCUCUCUCGUCUCCGCGCGCCGCCGCCCAAUAUCACCGUCGCCUCGCCGGCCGCGGCCACAAGAACGCAGCGUUUGUCAGCCCAAUCGAAACCGCCUAAACCACCACCGCCGCUCUUCCCGCGCCCAAAGCUGCCGGUCCGCACCACCUCCAACGACACCCCUAAGCCUAACAAUGGCAAGCAAGACAACAGCGAGGAACCAUCGACGGAGGCAGCUGCGUCUUCCUCCGGCGCCGGAGACGUGCUCCGGCUCAUGGACGCGCUCCAGGUCGCGCCCGACGAGGCCGUAUACGUCUCCCUCCUCAGGGACUCCGCCGACGCCGCAGAGGUCGCAGCUGUGCACGCCCAUAUCGCCGGCAGACGCGAUGCCUUUGGCCUCCUUCGGCCGCUUGCCAACCGGCUACUUCAUUCCUACGCGAGCUGUGGCGACACUGCGGCCGCCCGCAAGGUGUUUGACGAAAUGCCCGUCAAGGACGACAUUGCGUGGGCAACCAUGGUCUCGGCCUACUCGGAUGGAUGCUUCCAUAACGAAGCAAUAAGGCUUUUCACCCGCAUGUGUCACGAAGCGCAGGAGCUCACUGGUGAUUGCCACGACCGCGCUAUUGUAGCAGUACUGCGAUCAUGUGCUCGGGUCAGCAAAAUAAGCUUUGGUGAGCAGGUACAUGCGCUUGUCGUCAAGAAGAAAGGAGUCUGUGGUGAUGCUGGUAGCUCGCUACUACAGUUGUACUGCGAGAGUAAUCGGCAUGACAGUGCACGGCAAGUGCUUGAGAUGAUGAGGUGUUCUUGCCAGGAGCCUGUACCUGAGGCAGCCUGGACUAGUUUCAUCACAGCUUGUCAUCGUGUUGGCCAACUGGAUGAGGCCAUCGACGCCUUCAGAGACAUGGUGUCCUCUGGUGUCACCAGGAGCAGCUUCUCCCUAUCGAGCAUCCUCACAGUGUGCGCAGAAUCAGAUAACCACAGGUGCUACGGACAGCAAGUGCAUGCCGACGCCAUCAAGCACAGUUUGGAAACUAACCAGUUCGUCAUGUCUGGGUUGGUGCAUAUGUAUGCGAAGCAAGGGCGGCUUGCAGAUGCUGCAAGGGCAUUCGAGACGUCUGGUGGUGAGCCCGAUGCGGUUUGCUGGAACGCCAUGGCCAUGGGGUAUGCACGUGGUGGAUGCUACAGAGAGGCUACCAGAAUGAUGUACCAGAUGAAAGCUGCUGGAAUAGAUCCUCCUGGACCAACGAUGAAUGUGGUCAGGAUGGCCUGCUUCAGAUGAGCUAGGGAAUGACUUCCUUGACUGCACGUCUACGGUUUGAACUGAGUAAAAAGCUAGUGCCUUAGAGAAGAGUUGUGACUUUAAUUUCUAUUUCUUAAUGAGAUGUUUAUAAACUAUGACAUAAUUUCCAGCAAUCACAAGUUAGGAUUUACAGUACCUAUUAAGGUCAGUGUGUUUUUCCUUAUGUAUAUAGUGUAACGUAUACUGCUAAAAUGUAGAUUAUGACAGAUCAUUAUCCACCCCUUAUCCAAUCUUUGUAAGGCUGAUGACUUGGUCUUUAAACAGCUGAUCAUUAUCCACCCCUUA